AGUCUCAUUAUGACUGAUCUGGAUUAUGAAAUUGUGGAUUCUGUCCCAGCAAAUGAUCCUGCUUGGUUAGAAUGGAAGGAACUAGUCGAAAAAGAAAACUGGGCUUCCGAUGAUAGAAGUGUAACCACCCUCACGCCUUCACUACCAACUACGCGAGUGGUAAUGGCAAAGAGAAAGCAAGACGGGAGUUUCGUUGGAUGUGUGGUGUGGAACGAGUACGACAAUAUAGCGUUUCUCGGUUUUUAUUUGUUAGUACCCGAGGCUCGCGGUAAGGGAAUAGGAUCAAUCAUAUGGAAGCGUGCGCUCGACAGGAUGCCAAAGGAUUAUACACUUGGACUUAGAGCAGUGCCAUACAUGGCCCCACGCUACAAAUCCAAAGACACGCCGUUCGAUGGACCCCAACAACAUGCAUAUACUAUGAAAUGGCAGACACUAUCAAACUUGGCCGAAAAGUAUGCCGCAAGUAAUCGUCUCGUCAAAUUGGUACGUGAUCUGACGGAUGAAGAAUAUCAUCAACUCGAGCAAUUCGACCAAUCCGUAACAAAACGCGAUCGCACGCAAUUUCUACGUCGCUUUCACGCUCUGCCUUUCACAACGGGAACUGCGCUUUUCGAUGGGAACAAUCGAAUUGUCGCUUGUGCCAGCGACUUCAUCUGCUAG